AAUAUUUUUAGAAAGAUGGAGGCACAGACAUAAUAAAUAAAAUAAUAAUAAUAAACUAAUUUACACCAACUGUAAAAGCAGACAGUCAAAUUUACCUUAUAUAUACAGAUCUGCUUGUGAUUGAUAUCAUAUCCACAUGUACCCAAGUGCAUAUACACAGAAUUUGAAGAUGAUGGGCAUGGAAUCAGGAUACGUUGACCCCAGGAUGAAUAAUCAGCCCUUGGCUUUCAACCCCAACAAAGGCAAGCCACCCAUGGCAAUGGACAAGCUACCUGAGGAAAGACAUAAAAAUGACAAAUAUGAUGAUGGCAUGGGUAUGGGGGCGUUUACAGCCAAGCUGUUGAACAUUCCACAAAAUGAUCAACCAUACAGAGACAUGGACGAUGGCAUGCAGAUGUCCAUGCAACAGGGUAUGGACAGUGGGAUGAUGAUGCAAGGCGGUCCAGGGUUCUUCCCCAUGGGUGGUAUGAACCCCAUGAUGAGCAUGAUGGGGCAGAGUGACAUGAUGGCCAUGGGGAACAUGGGAAAUAUGGGGCCCGGGCCCGGAAACAUGAUGAUGUUUGGAGGGAUGCCUGGCUGGCAGGGCCCGAUAGACGAGAUGGGCAUGCCUAUUAUGCCUGUCAAGGAGAUCAUACGCAAGGAGAACAGUGUGCUCUACCCACCACCUCCCAAUGCCCCACCCCCCACAACCAGGGAACGCCCUCCUGGGUGUCGUACAAUCUUUGUGGGCGGGCUUCCUGAGACGUGCACAGAGGAAAUGCUGCAGGAGGUGUUCGUGGACUUUGGAAUCACCACCAGCGUACGUAAGAGCAAGAAGAAGAACUUUGCACACGUCCGUUUUGAACAUGAGGAAAGUGUGGAGAGAGCUCUGUUUUUGUCAGGCUACAGGAUGAAGGUGGAGGACAAGGAUGACAAGCCCAACACAGGGCGUCUGCACGUAGACUAUGCGAUGGCCCGAGAUGACCAGUAUGAGUUUGAGUGCAAGCAGCGCUCAAUGAUUCGUGACAUGCGUCACCGCCAACGCAUGGAGGAAGAUAGACUCCGGCCUCCCAGCCCGCCCCCCACAGCACAGUACAGUGACUAUGAGGCAGCAGCACUGCAUGAUCAACUGAAAAAUGACGAGGAUUUCAUGAAGGCGUCCUCGACGCUGCUCACGUGGAUGGAGCGAGGAGACGUGAAUAGGCGCAACAUCAACCAGUUCUACAGCAUGAUCCAGUGCGUGAACUCGCACAUCAGACGCCUCCUCUCCGAGAAACAGGCCCACGAAGAGGAACUCAUGGCCAUGAAGCAGAGAUUCAAGAGCCUCUUUGAGGGCCUCUUGAGGCAGUUCGAUCAGAUAGAGAAAGUCUUUGUGGUGGCACAGAAGCAAAGGAACUGGGAUCACUUUACUAAGGCCCAGCGAAAGAACGUUGAGAUGUGGCUUAAACAAGCAAAGGAGAUAAAGCAGUCUCAGCAGGAUGAGUUCCUCAGUGGUCGCCAGGAGGACGAGAUGGAGAUGUCAGAGGAGGACGACAGUGGGGGGCCCUCCAACAGCAAGAAGGCCAAGAGGCCUGAUGUGAAUGAGUACAGUACCAACCAGUAUGUCGAGAUGGCGAGUCGUCUAGCCCUUGUGAACAACUUGAAGGAUGAGAACGAUGAGUUGAAGUGUCAGCUGGAGGUGUACAAGAACGAGGUGGCCGUACUGAAGCAGGAGACUGGCACCUCCAGCACGGACAGGGAGAAGGAGGUCCGGUCUCUACAGAUGGCCAUGCAGGGCAUGCAACAGCAACUGAUCACGGUCCGUAAUGAACAUAUGGAGUACAAGAAGAAAAUGGAACAAGAGAAAUCCUCCUUGGUGCUGGAAAAGCAGAUUGCCUUGGACAAAUAUGAGAACCUGAAAUCUGAGAAACUGAGAUCUGAACAGCAAGGCACAACAAGCAAAAAUGACGAAGAUAACCAGACGGAGGAAAAAGACAAAGCAGUAAAAUAUGUUUGGCAGACUGACCAGUCCAGUAAGGUUGGGGAUGACACCAUCAGCAGCACUGGCAUACACUUCUCUGACAAAGAGGCACAACUUGUUGGCCUGGUGUGCUGCUUCCUUCACGUACAUCCCACGGGAGCCUCGAUUGACUACAUCUGGUCGUACCUUCACCGCCUCGGCGUAUCGUGCCGGGUGAGCGAGCUGGAAACCCUGCUGGAGAAGAUCCCUGUCAUCUUCCGACAGGAGCUCAGCGGAGUCGGGGCGACCAUCGAACGUAGAUGGCACUUCACAGGAUACAAGAACCUUAGCCCUACUACUGGUCUUUAAUGUGUGCGGUGCCGUGGGGUUGAACUGGUCAUUUUGUUAGUGAUAGUCUUGUGAGACAAGCACUCAAAAGCGAAAUGUUGAAAGUAUUGUUUACUGAUUGAAAGAUGUGUAGCGAUGAAAUGAAUGAUACUGUGAAGUCAUUUACAUCCGUUGACAUAUCAUGGUUAUGAAAAAAGAACAAUAUCGUCUGCAAGUCAUGGUUAUUCGAAAACUUGUUUGUGUUCAUGUUUAUUCGUGGAUUUCUGAUUAUGGACUAGAAAGAGAAAACAGAGAAAUUUGCUUUGGUCAUUUUUGGGGGGUAUUUUUGUAAAAAUUGUGGAUUGGUCCAACCAGGAAAUUUACGAAAAUUAAUGUCACAGUAAUAAUAAUGAUUUCACAGCACUUUGAAAACUGAAUACAGAAAUGCUUACACGUUUUCUUAUAAAACUAGUUUAGAAGACUGUACAUCAGGAACCUUUUUGGAUUCAGAUAUAAUCAUGUGUUCAAUGCCAAGAUGAAGGGUACAUUCUGAACACAGAAGUAUUAAACCUUGUGGUUUAUGUUGGAAUAUGUGAAAUGACCGGGUGUAAUAAAACCAUUGUUUAUGCUUUUUGAUAAUUUUUGAUUGUAUAAUUAAUUUUUAUGAAGUAUUUUGCAUAAUUUUAUUAAACAUGAAUGAUAAAGACUAAAGCAUUAUGUUAUAUCCAGAAAUGACACCCCUUGGCACAUUUAGAUUUUAUUCCUGUCCAAUGCCAUUGUAUAGCGUUUGCUAUUAUGUUGAAUAGUAACGGGCAAAAUGCUAAAUGUAAAAAUUCUUCAUGAUUUGAAUUCCCAGAAUAUUCGACCAAGUGCCAUAUUGCACCGUACAAUUGCAAGUUAAGUGUGUAUAAUUUACAAGUUAUUGAUUUGAUUCAUUUGUUAAGUGCAUCUUAAUUGUACAACAAUACAGAACUGUACAUGUAAUUGUCUUGAAGAAGUUCGCAUACCAAACAAUGGUCUAUUUGUAUAUUUACUGGUGAGAAGAUACUCAUAUUGCCCAUUUUUGUUUCAUUGUGUAGUGUACUAUCUAGUGUUUGUAAAUAUGCCAUGUUUGAUUUUACACUGUAUCAUCGAGACUUUCAAACUAGGGUUGUUGCAAAAGAUUUAUGUAAAAGUGAACUAUUGCCAAAGUUCCCCAUAAAAUUACCUACAAUUACACAGUCGACCACAGACAAGUAAUCAAGGACCAAAAUGUACAUACAAAAAAGAUGCUUGUGAAUCAUGCAAGCAAAUUUAAUUUUGUAUUAACUCUUUCAGUGCGGGAACCGAAUUUUGAAGGCCUUUGCAAACAGUUUGGAUCCAGAUGAGACGCCACAGAACGUGGCGUCUCAUCUGGAUCCAAACUGUUUGCUAUUCUGAUAGUAUUCUUUGAAAAAAAUCGAAGAAAAUGCUAAUUUUAGAAAUUCAGCAGACGACAUUUUAGCAGAAGACAAAUUUCCCAGCAUGCAAAGGGUUAAGAAGUACUACUUGUAUGUAUGACUGUAAUGAUUUCUUGUUGUUGUUAUGAGGGAUCAUUUUUAGUUUCUGAAUGUUGUAAGAUUAAAUAUUUUUUGCUUAAGACAAAUAAAACAUAAAGGAAUAA